AAGAGUUGUCACACGUUCCACACCCUAACAAGAGGGAACAGAAACUCUCCAGCAACACGCCUUCAAUGCUCUAAACAUUAGCCAUCAUGGCCGAGGUAUUAACGAAAUCAAUCAUAGCCUCUAAAGAAAGCCAAGAUGCCGCAGCCAACCCAGACACCACAGACCCACAGAUUUCAGACUCUGUGAUAUCCGAUACAGCGAAUGCAAAACCACUAGGACUUGAAGAAGAGUUGAUUAAGCUGAGAGAGAAGCUUGCCCUUGCAGAGGCAAGUAUUGAGAAAGAAAAGCAGCAGCGAGAAAAACUUGAGACCGAGCUUAAAGAGGGUACAAAGCAAAUCUCUGGCGAUGAUUUAAAAGGGCUUCUCCAGCAAAUGAAGAGUCACUUUAGCGGAGUAGAAGAAAGAACCAAGGAUGAAUCUUGGUCACUGGGGCGCAAAAUAUAUGAGAUCGGAUGGGAGCUCCAGUAUAUCGAGACUCUCACUGGAAUUGUGGACACUGCCUCAGAGGAGCGCGACAAGCUACGAGAUACCACAUCAAAGCUACAGAGUUAUUGUAACAUGUUGAGAGACGAGCUGCAGAGUGCACGCCCUGGAGAUCGGAUCCUGACCUUUGAGGAAAUUAGUGAAAACGAAAAUCAAGAGGAAAAUGCCAAAGCGGGUGUUUUUAAUGAUGGGCUGAUGGUCGAGCUGAACCCUAUGAACUGGAAAAUGUUCAAAUUUCCGCACAAUCCCAAUCAGCUAGAAAGCCGAUAUUUUGUCAUUGAUAUCUUGAUAGAGGAGCCGGCUAUUACCUUCGACGACUAUUCCAACCCCUGGUACGCGCGCCGUGCAGUACCACCACCACAAGAAAGGACAGUAGGUGUAAUGGCAACGGCGGAAAAGAGCUUGUCUUCGUGGAAAGAGAUGGUCGAUGAUUCAGACCCCAGCAAGCAGGUUGUGCCUGAGAGAAUUCGAAUAAGGUCGAAGUAUAUCAUUGAUAUACUUCGUGAAAUUUUCGAGUUGAAACCAAAGUCAUACGACGGUAACAAUGGAGUCGUCAUGGUCCGGCCUUACCGAGCACUAGUGCACUACGAUAAGGAAAUCCGCGCCCAAUAUCGCAAGCUGGAAGAUACUAUUCUUUCCAAGUCCAAAGAGAAACUUGAUGACGAAAAGGUUCUAAAAAAUGAAAAUGAUGAUGAAGCACAAGAUACCUCCGAGACAAAUAAUGCAGUUGAAGAUGGAGGUAAAGAGGAAUAUGCAUCUACCUUGACGGCUUUUCAACACCUCGGCUGCCUGAUUGAAUUUAUGGAUCGUGUAAUCAAGGCCAAGAUAAACUACUUAUCACAACCAGGCUUGCGAACAAUAUCUUUCAAACACAUAUGGUACCUCUUCAAGCCGGGAGAUACUGUAGUUGGCCAAGGACAACAGCAAGUAUACAGAGUCAUGAAUAUUACCAGCACAGGCCACUUGGUCACUCCGCCUUGGCGAAUCUGGAACAAAGACGAAAACUCACCAGUGGAAAACAUUACUCUUCACUGCGUCUAUAUCGACUUCGAUGGUAAGCAGCUUGGGCCAGUAACUCAAACCUUUACCAUCGAAAAGUUUGACGGCGAAAAGGCUAUAACUGCGCUCGAUGUCUACCCCAUUCGGUUCGCAGCCACGGGCCAUCACGCUCGCACAGAAAACAAGUCAGAAACCGGGGAGUCGGGAUAUCGAAACAAACUAGUAGAACGCGGCAAGCUGUUUGUAGACGUUGCGCAUAUAAAGCACAUGCAUUAUAACGGCUUUGCGCUCGAGACGCGCGACGAGAUCGACAGUCAAGUCAUGAUUGACUUUGCAGAGGCUUUUGCGGUGAAGGAUGCAGAAACAGCAGCGGCAAACGCCAUGAAUGACGCGGCCCAGGUGAAUAACUGGCAACCAAAGGUGGAAUCAAUCAUCGGGCGAGAUUUGGGACAAAGUGCUUCAUCAGACGACAAGGAUGCGCACUCAUGCCUAGGAGCUUGCUGCAAAGGCGAUUACGUAUAUGCCGACGCUUACAUUGAGAAGGAUAGAUACGAAGAAUAUGUCGCCGGCAUAAUGGCCAGUGCCGAAGAGCUGAAUAUUGAGCCACCUGUUGCUAUUCAUCCCCGUUCACUGAAAGAGUUGGCAGCAGCCAAGGACUCGCUUACAGAGGACGACCUGUUGAUCAUGCCAUAUCGGGUAUUCGGGUUCGUCUUGCGAAGCCGAAAAUGGGCAAAACUUGACCUGAAAUAUUUGAACCCCGCUGACGAAGGCCUAAAGAAGAAAACAGCUUUUGAUCAGCUUGUCCUCCCAACGGGCCACAAGGAUAUAGUUCACUGUUUAGUCGCCCAACACUUUCGCGACAAGGCAGCUAGAGUCAGUGAUAAUGAAGAAGUCGACAUUGUACGAGGGAAAGGAAAGGGCCUUAUUAUUCUCCUCCACGGAGCUCCUGGAGUGGGCAAGACGACUACAGCAGAGGGUGUUGCUGAACGAUUUAACAAGCCUCUAUUCCAAAUUACAUGCGGAGAUUUGGGUACUAUUGCCAGCGAGGUUGAAACAGCAUUAGAGCGCAACUUCAGUCUCGCCAACAGAUGGGGCAGCAUUCUUCUCCUCGACGAAGCCGACGUCUUCCUCGCACAACGAUCUCCCAAGAACUUUAUCAGAAACGGACUUGUUGCCGUCUUCCUCCGAGUCCUAGAAUACUACGCCGGCAUCCUCUUCCUCACAACCAACCGCAUCGGCGACUUCGACGAAGCCUUUGCCUCCCGAAUCCACGUCAGCCUCUACUACCCACCCCUCGAUCUCAAAUCCACCCGCAAAAUCUUCAAGCUCAACCUCCGCCUCAUCAAGGAGCGCUUCCGGGAGAAGAACCGCUCCAUCACCAUCAACAAGAAAGAGAUCCUCAACUACGCAAGCGACUACUGGGAAAAGAACGAAAAGAUGCGCUGGAACGGCCGCCAAAUCAGAAACGCCUGCCAGACAGCCCUCGCCAUCGCCGAGUUCGACGCACAGAAGGACGCCUCGGGCGACGACGACGCCAAAGACGCCCAGGUCACCCUCUCCGACGACCACAUCAACACCGUCUUCUCGGCCUAUCUCGAAUUCAUGCGCUACCUCAAGAACAUCUACGGCAAAGACGCAGACAGAGUAGCCAAAGACAUGGGCAUCCGCGCCCGAGAAGCCGCCAUCGCCAGACACAUCGACGACGACGAUGACGACGACUCAAGCGACGACGACGACGACGACGACAAGCCCAAGAAAAAGGCAGCAGAGCCCCAACCGCCUCAAACUCUUCCUCCCGCCAUCCCACUCCUCGACAACAAAAUCCCCAUCGCCGCAGCAGAAGCCAAUCCCAGCCCAAACCUAGCCGCCCCCAGCCUCGCCACCACAAACGGAUCACCAACGCCCUCCUCCUCAGCCGCCGCCGCCGCCGGACACUACCAACUAUCUUCCGGCCAACCUCACGCCCCAAACCCUUACAUGCUGCCCAACGGCUACCCAGCAGGCGGACCACCACCGCCCAGCUUCUUCCCCCCUUACAUGAACAUGAUGUACACCCCUCAGGCAUUCAUUCAUGGCCAGGCCCAAUACCCAAACAUGGCCUCCCAGCAACCACACGUACAGGCACAAGCACAGACGCAGGCGCAGGCGCAGACAUCCUUGGCGCCAGGCACAGGCAGCCCUCCACAGAUGCCUCAAAUGACACCGCAGAUGGCCGCUCAAAUGGCUUUUCAAGGCUGGCCAAGCAUGAAUUGGCAAGGGAUGCAAGGAGGGCCAAUGGUAUAUCCCGGUAUGGCCAUGGGCAACGGCAGCGAGAACACCCCUCCAGUCUCCCAGCCUGGAUCUUGAUGCUGGAAAGAGAGCUGACUCGACUAUUACCCAUUUACUAUUACUCCACUAACGAGAUAUAUAUAGCGGUCUACUAUAUAGAACUAGUUAAGAUUCAUUAUCAGCGAAAUGAGAUGCUUUCACAGUAACAAAUAAUACCAAAG